AUGCAGGCUUCAGCACCAUGGCCAGCAGGUACUGUGGCAGUCGCAGAGCCGGUGUGCCGGAUUUGUGGAGUACCGUCAGGUGCCGCCUGCAGAUGGUCCAAUUCCAUCAUUGUCUCUCCGCGACCCUUGGCUGCUGUCUGUCCUCUCUGCCGCGGACGGGCACCCUCGGUUCCAGCGCAGCGGGUGACGCCGAGAGCACCGGUGAUGCUGCGCAUAAGCAGCGCAAAGACUUUGGAGCCAGGCAUGGCCUCCGCGCCCGUCGCCUGCGCCUCCAGAAAAAGUAUCAGUCCCGCAAGCGUAACAAGCUCUACACUCGUGCGGCCAGCAAGCGCAGUCACCGUGCAGAGAUGUGUCCGCAGCAUUAGUCCGAAUUCGAGGCCUGUCCUGCAGGCGCAGGCCAUGAGCGGACUCAGCGAGGCUGCAGGUCCAGUGAACGAGGAACGAGCUGGUGCUGGCAGCGAGGCAACACGUGUGGUGGAAGUCUCCAACGACGAGGCCCUUGGCGCCUCGGCCCUUGGCCAGAGGCCUCCGAGCACCGGGCAAAGUUCCUGGAGGACACAGGUGGCCGACUCCAAAACCCGUUCGCAGUCUGCAGCCUCCACUACAGAGUUGCCAAGCAGGGAACUGAAGAGCACUGCGCUGGAGAGUGCGGUCUUGUUGAGCGAGUUCGGCAAGACGCUGGAGCAGGCGAACCUGCUUUUGCGCCAGACAAACGACUCCGACAUUCCUGCGCAUCCUGGGCAGGAAAGCCCGGUUGGCGCUUCGGCGGCUGGACCGCUUCCACCGCCUCACAGUGCUGUCCCCUCUACCAGGUUGAUGGCUGCAGCGCCGCAGCUUGCACCCAACAGAACUUCCCCGCUGUCGCCGCGCAGGGCUUUUGAAGCUCCAGCAUGCAAUUCCUUGCGGUGGCAGCAGCCACCGCGACAAAGCCCAGGCUGUGAGACGCGCUCGCGGACCGCCCCAGACCUCCCCGACCCAGAUCUGGCUGCCGCAACGGAGGCAUCCGCCACAGCACCCCCCAGCACAAAUCCUGCAACUCCUGCCAUCAAGUUCCCAGAACCCAACCUUUCAGCCGUUGGAACACUUGGCACCACCGCACAAAACCCAAUGAUUGCAUCGGCACCCACCCUGCUGUGCGACCCAUGCACACCGACCUCAGAUGUUGCGACUGCUCCGCUCUGGGAUCCUGUAUCGACAGUGUGUGCACCUCCAGGGCAAUUGAGCAACUCACAGGACGUUUUGCCGUGUGCUGCAAGUUCUCGGAGCAGCCCCUUCUGCAUCCAGGGCAAGAUGACCAAUCUGCCCAGUUGCAGAUCGCCGUCCAGGCCGCGGUCACCAAAACAUGACGAACUCUACGAGGAUGCGGCAGCGCGUCGAGAGCGACACCAGGACCGCCUGGGUGAGCAGAUGCGACGGCAGCAGCGGAACGAAGCUGAGGAGCAGAUGCGCUGGCAGUUGGAGAAAGAACGCUGGCAGGCCAGCUACAAAGGACCUCAGGAUCUCCGAAGCCACUUGGAGAGGGAGCUGGAACUGCUGCAGAAGAGGCGGUCACGACAACACGAGUUCCAAGUGGAGCAACUUGCGAGGGAGAAGGAGGAGAUGCAAGAGUGUACCUUCUGGCCCAAUACCAGCAGGAGUAAGCUCAGCUACGAAGCCAUCCGUUCUGGUUCCCGGUCGCGGAACAGCAUCAAUGGCAUCAACGCGAGCAGCAGCUCCGUUUCGAUGAGGACGGAAAGCCGUCGUGGUGGGAGUCGGAGCAGUAGCCGUGGCUCUCCGGAUGAGCGUAUCGAGGAACUUCUUGCGCUACACGAGAAGCAAGUGUUGGUGCUGAGUCGCCUGAGCCAGAUCUGCAUGGGCCAAGGCGGCAACUCUGCCAGGUGCACAGCGAACUCGAGCCUGUCGGGUUUGGAGGAAGUCAAGCUGUACAUUCAGCAGCUGAGACAGGUUCACGAGUUGGAGCGCUUGGACAUGCAGGUCCUGGAACUACCGAAGAGACGCCAACAGACAUUGACAGGAUUGGGAUACAAGUUUGGCCUGGCGAAGGACCUUCGAUCGAAACUUCCCAGUCCACAUGUCCCAGGCACAAACCGACAGACAGUGUGUGCGGCAAGCUUCAUCGUGAAUGUGUAA